AUGAGGGAUUUAGGUAGCAUUAAGUACCCUAUCCUAACCUCUGCCAGUACUCCGCAUCCUCCGACGCCGCCGGCGCAUGCCAGCCCAUUCAAGGUCUGCAUCGUGGGCGCCGGGAUUGGCGGCGCCUCGGCCGCGUAUUUUCUCCGCAAUGCCUCCCGCGCUCUUGAAUUUGCCGUUCAGCCUUCCGUUUCCGAACUGGACAUUCACGUCUUUGAGCGCGCGGGGAGGGUGGGCGGGCGGACGCUGCUGCUGAAGGUGCCGUUGGGGGAAAAUUCAAAGGGGGGGCAGGCGGAGGGGGAUGUGGUGGAGGUGGAAGCUGGGGCGAGCAUUAUCCACGGGAAGAACCUGCACCUGGUGCGACUGGCGGAGCAGCUGGGGCUGGAGACCGCGUCUCCCGCUGACAUGGACUUUGGUAUCUGGGCCGGCCAGUGCAGCAGCAGCAACGGCGGCGGCGGCGGCGGCUCUAACAGCGAGACCAGCGGGUGCAGCGGGGGAGGUUUUGUGUUCCAGGAGUGGAGGCUGGGCGAGGGGGCGGUGAUGCGGUGGGUGGCGGACUUGGUAAACGGCGCGCGCAUGGCAGUGCGCUACUCGCUGGCGGGACUGAUAGCCAUGCGCGCGUUUGUGGGGGACAUGCUUGCGCGGUGGAUGCGCCUGUACGACGAGCGCAGGGAGGGCGGAGAGGCGUUUGAGACGCCUGAGGAGCUGCUGCGGUCGCUGGGACUGCUGGAGUUGACUCGGGUGACGCUGAGUGAUGCUCUGCUGGAGAAGGGGCUGCCAGCCGUGCUCGUUACCGAGCUUGUUACGAUGAUCACUCGAGUGCAGUACGGGCAGAACGCAACAAUUUCAGGGCUGCCCGGAGCAGUGGGGCUGUGUGGGACGGGCAGCGAGCUGUGGAAAGUGCGCGGGGGCAACUGGCGGCUGGCUGAGGGUGCAAUCCGCCUGGCAAACGCAUCGCUGCACCUGCACUCGCGCGUUGCUCGCAUAGCACGGGGCACGGAGGGUGCAGGGGGUGGUUAUGUGCUUCAUAUGGUGGCAAAGGAAGGAAAGCAGGGCAAGGCAGCUGGAGGGGAGCGUAGAGGUGAAGGAGGAGGUGAUGGUGCUGGCGACAGUGUUGCUUCUGGUGGUGCUUCUGAUGGUGCUGAUGCUGCCGAUGGUGGUGGUGAUGACGGGGUGAGCUGUGAUGCUGUGAUUAUCGCAACUCCAAUGGAGCAGAACGGCAUUGCUAUUCUCCCUGCGCCACCAGUCCUGCCUCUGCGCACAUACCAGCACACACACGUGACGUUUGUGCGCGCCACACUCAACCACACCUACUUUGCAGCAACAGACUCACCGUCCCUGCCAGGGCUGAUAGGCACGUUGGAGAGCGAGGAUAUCCCCUUCAGCAGCAUCAGCCGAGUGGCCCCAUGGGCAGCGGAUGGCAGCAGCGUGUUCAAGGUCUUCUCACGGCAGCACCUGUCUGACGACACCCUCGACGUGCUCUUCAGGAAUCGCUCGUUCACAAGGAGCAUUGACUGGCCGGCAUACCCGCACUAUGCGCCGCCCGAUGCCUUUGCACCCUUCCUCCUGGACAGUCACCAUCUGUACUACACGAGCACGUUUGAGAGUGCUGCCAGUGCCCUUGAAACUGCCGCCGUGGCUGCGAAAAACGUUGCUCAGCUGCUGCUGACCCGGCUGCAGAAGCAGCAGCAGAAGCAGGAGUUGCCGCUUGGAAGGGGUGGGAGUGGGGAUGUGGAGUCUAUGGGCCUGACUUCACCUGUGGAAGGUGCGCAAGGGAUGAAGGACGAGCUUUAA